AUGCUAACAAGACAAAGCUUAUUAAGAGUUGUUACUAAACAACAGCAUUAUCAACAAAAUGCUUUAUUAUUAGGCAUUUCGAGAGCCUAUAGCCAAAAGGUUUCUCUUUUUCAUUCAAAUAAAAGAUGGAUUUCAAUGUACAAUGCUAAGGAAGCACAUGGUAAUGUUUUACCAAAUCCAUCUUUGAAUACAAAAAAGCAAGGAAUUAGUUUAAGUGUGGCCGCUUUUCUUGCUGCUGGAUGUUUUGUUGGGUGGUUAGUUGAGCGUAGACGCAACAUCAAAUAUACGUUAGACGCCUCUGGAGAAGGUAUUGAAAUAGAUGCAGGGAUUUCGCCAUAUCCAACUUCUAUUAACGCUCGUGAAGGGAUGCUUGGUACUACAUAUACACUUUUAGGGUGUGGGGUUCGUUACAUCUCUGUUGCGACUUUCCGUCUUUAUGCAUUAGGUAUUUACGUAGCUUCAAAUGAAACCUCGAAGAUUGUCAAUAGCUUAAGAGAAACAAUGAAAAAAAACCCUGAAGUCUACCCAGUCGAUGCGAAUUUAAAAGAAUAUGAAAUUGUUGAAAAUUAUUUGAAGGAUCCUAGUAAAAAUGUUUUAUUAAUUGACAAUUUAAUGAAUACUCAGAUCAAACUAUUGGCCAAGUUAACACCAUUAAGAAACACUGAUUUUACUCAUUUUCGUAAGGGGAUUGUGAAGGCAGUUAACAAGCACCCAGAAGCAUCAAAGCACAGAGAAGAAAUUGAUAAAGGUUUUGAAGAGGUUGACCAAGUGUUCACAAGAAAAGGUACUUUGGCAAAAGAUGAUGAUUUAUACUUGGAACUAAAACCAAACGGUUCCAUGGAAAUUUCUACCUUGAGACGCAAGAACGACUCAUAUGAAAAAAUUUGCACCAUUCAAAAUCCUAUUAUUGGUAAGUUGAUGUUUAGUCAAUACAUGUGUGGACCAAACGCGCCUUCACAAAUGGCUAAAGAUGCUGUUGCCGCCAGUAUUGUUGAUUUAUUUAAGGAUGAAAAGGCAAAUUAA